AUGGCACGUCAACUUUCGACUGUUUGCUGCGUUAUGAUUGGAGCCAUCAUUCUCCUUCCUGAGGCGCACUCAAAGGUCUAUCAGACCACCUACGAUGCUCAAAGGGAGCUUGCGUUACCAAAGCGGUACUACUUGCAAUAUCGUUCCUACCGAGACGACCAUGCGGUACCAGAGGCGGCUAAGUGUGUGUCGCUGGUUGUAAUGAACAAUGCAUUUGGUGUAAGAAACGCCAUUCUCUUCUACAAGCCGACUCUUCAAAGUCAAACGAAAAACAAGCAAGUCAGGAUAACGACUCACAAACCACCUGGCAGCCGCAGCGUCGUAGACACUAUGAUGAGAAUCACCGAUACUGAUACAGGACGUCAGCUCUACGACCAAACGCUUCAAUUCACCGACUACCGCACUUGUCGUGUGCUUGUUCAGCAGUUUGCUCAAACCAGACAAUGUAGCCUGUGGGUGAUCCCCGAGAGAAGAGGGGGACCUAUUCCAGCUGUAUGCUCGCAGGCCUACACUGAUAUCUGUGGAGAUCGAAGGCAUCAGAUUGAUGAUCCUCAACGUUGCCGAUAA